AUGUCUAGUGCUGAGCAUGUGGUGAUGUCCAAAUCCUUGACGGGUGAACGAAGGCGCUCGGGACGCAUCAUGCACCUUUUAGUCUACACGAUGUCAACGAUGGUCUUCGGCAUGAUUUGUAGCGCCUUGGGACCCAGCAUUCCCUGGUUGGCAUCGAAUGCGGAUGUGACGCCUGAGACUCUGGGGUGGUUGCCGGCGGCACAAGCUGUGAUGUGUAUCGUGUCGGGCUUAGCUUCGAGCUUGAUGGCCUUUGUGGCCCGGAAGUAUCAUCACCUUCUCCUUGGCCUCCUAUUGCUAUGGCUUGGAGUCUUCUUUAUGGUUCUUCCUUUGGCCAGUUCCUCCAUCUACGCUUUAACCUUGGUCUUUGCCUUUCAAGUCUUACCACGGCCUUGGAUUGGGCAGAUGACCAACUUACUGGUCUCCGAGCUCUAUGAAGAACCAAGCCUCAGCAGCGCAGCGCAGAGCUUUAACCAAGGUGGUUUUGCUUUGGGCUGUGUGUUCAUGGUAAUGCUGGAAGAGAUCUCCUCAUCUGCUUUUGGCGGAGCAGCAAUGUUCUACAUCGCCGGUGGCUUCACAGGGCUCUCAUCCCUUCUCUUCUUCACUUUGCCCAGGGCUCCCGAAAAGGCGAAGGUCAGCGGAAGGUCAGCGAAGGGAGCGAAGGGAGCUAGAGAGAGCAAGAUGCCAAGUGCUUUUACUUUGACUUGCAGUUGUCUCGGAAUCCUGGCCGUGGGCCUGGAGGUGGCGUGUGGUACUUGGUUGAUCACUUCAAUGACACAAAUGGGCUUUGAGUCCUCCUUGGCUUCGCUUUGCAACAUCAUCUUCUGGCUUCUCUUCGCAGUGAGUCGUUUGGUGUUAGCGCCUUGCUUGUGCAAGUGUUUGAAGCCUCGCCCCUCCUCGAUGAUCAUUGGGGGUGCCAGCUUGGCGGCCCUCAGCUGCAUUGCGGCAGUGGCGUGGCCGAGAAGCCUUCCGGCUGUGCUGCUGGGAGUUAGUGGUAUUGCACUGGGUGCAGGUCCGUCCUAUGCGAUGACCAUCAGCAUGGCCAAGGAGAGCGUCGAGCUCACUUCUGUGGACUCGGCGAUGUUCGCCAUCGCCUCAUCACUAGGCGCAGGUGGAGUUCCCUUUGUGAUGAGUCGAGUUCUAAACCUUUUCGGACCAGAAGCAUUCUUCCCAAGCUUGCUGGUGAUGUCAGCGAUUCUGAUGACGCUCACAAGGAUUGUGGGAGGGGCCAAAGACGCAAGAGAAGUAGAGACCAAAGACGCAAUUGAAUCAGACAUGGAGAGCAUGGAGAGCACUCAGGCCAAUGAUGCCAACUCUGACUCAGCAGUUUCUGUCGCCAGCGAGGGGAGUGCUGCUUCAGCCAGCUUGGAGUCGAGUGAGGACGGACUGGUGCCCCCCAUCAUGUGGACCUAUUGGGAACAGGGCUGGGAAGAUGCCCCUUUGCUCUGUCAAGCUUGUGCUAAAAGCUGGGAAGGGAUGAACCCUCAUCUUUCCUUACAGAAAAUCUCCGGAGCUGAUCUUCCUGACUUGCUCCCGGAGUUGUGCUACAAGACUCGCUUUUGGGAACUGCCUGCUGGUCAACGCUCGGAUUUGGUGAGGCUCUCCUUGUUGGAGAAGUUCGGGGGGCUUUGGGUGGAUGCAACACUCUUUUGUACAUCCCCAGUGAUGCCCUGGCUUAGUGCCUUGAAGCAGGCUGAUACAUCUGAGGGUUCUUCUUUGUCUUCGAGCGGGACUCCCAAAUGUGGCCCUAUGACCCCUUCUUGGACUGCCAGCUGCCGAUCAGCAGCUGGUUCAUUGUGA